AUGAAAGACUCCACACCCCACAACAUCCACCGUUUGCUCUUCCUCUCGACCCCUUCCGAUGACACCAUGGCAUCGAAUCUACCAACGCCUUCCCAUCUCCUCACCAAACUCCCCCAAGUCCUCUUCCUCUCCGCCCUUUUCACUACCAUCUACGCCCACCAUGGGGCCACCCAGACCCCCAUCUACGUGUGCGACACCGACUCCAGCUACACCACCAACAGCACCUACCACUCCAACCUCAACCUCCUCCUCCCCUCCCUCUCCUCCGCCACCCGUUCCACCGGCUUCGCCACCCUGUCCAAGGGCCAGCCCCCCGACCAAGUCUUCGGCCUCGCCCUCUGCCGCGGCGACGUCUCCCAAGACGAGUGCCGAUCUUGCCUCUCCACCGCCGACCAAGACCUCCUCCAGCUCUGCCCCUCGGGGAAGUCCGCGGCCAUUUGGCCCGAGAACUGCUUCCUCCGCUACUCCAACCGCAGCUUCUCCUCCUCCUUAUCCGAUGACAUCUCAUUCAGCGAGAUCGUCUGCGAUGUCGGGAACGUAUCGGAACCGACGAGGUUCGAGCACUUGGUGAGCGAGCUAUUGAACAAAUUGACGGAGCAGGCGGCGUACCAGUCGGCGCUUAUGUUCGCACCCCGGGGGCAGAAUUCAUGA